GGAGCAGCGGUUAGCCCAGAACGCACGCUCGGUCAGCUCCUGACGUUCUCAAGGGCCGUCGUUGCCAGGGCUCUGAUGCUCUCUGGGUCCCUGGCGGGAGCUUGACAAUGUCUCUCUUCCCAGCUCUGGCGCCUUCGUGGUCCCAGAGGGCGUCUGACCUCUGGCUCCUCAGACUGCUUUCUUCAGAUCAAGAGCUUGGUGCUCUCUUUCCCUGGUCCUCCUCCCCUGGGACUCUAGUCCAGGCCCAAGGGACUGGGGGCCGCUUCCGUAAGAAGGCCAGGAUCCUCGCGCACAUCUGCGGUCUGACCCUGAUCAUGAAAAGAUACAUUGAGAAAAGCCCAGCAAUGGAGUGGGUGGUCUUCCAUUUGAAGAUGCAUUGUAGAAUUAAAAAUGAAAUGUUACAUAGCUUCUUUGGUGAUUCUAAAAAGAACCUGACCAACGAGUCUGAAUUACUUAAGAAUUUAUUGUCUGUUUGCCCCUAUCAAAGAAAUGAGGAAUGUCUCAGACAGAUUCAAAUAUUUUUAAAGAAGAAUGGAUCAUUUCGGCAUUUGCCAAAUGAAGCUCAGCUCCAACUUUGUCAAAUUAUAAUCUAUCAAGAGUAUGAAGCUGGAUGUGUAAUUAUAAAGAAAGGACACUGGCCAAUGGAAUGUUACUUGGUACUUUCUGGAAAAUUAGCAGCUGUAUCAACUUUAAAUGUUGAAAAUCCUGACUCAGAAAUUUUAAAUGAAUUUGAAGAAGGAGAUUUUGUAGGGGAAACUUGUCUCUUGCCUUAUACCAGACGAUUUGCAACAAUUGUAUGCAAAUCAAAUGCGGAACUUCUGGUAAUAAGUAAAAAGGAUUUUGACUAUAUUCUCUCAGAUAUAGUCCAAGAACAAUUUCAAGAAAUAGUCAGCUUUUUAAGGCAGCUGCCAAUAUUUUCUUCCUGGACAGAAGAGAAGAUUGAUUUUCUUGUCCAUUAUUCCUUGCUCAGAUACUACAGGGCUGGGACUCUUGUCUGUGAAAAUUUAUACUCCGAUGAGCUCAUUGUCAUCAGAUCGGGUCGGUGCUUGGUACUUGCCCAGAUAGAAGAUGAUUUUUUUGAACAAAGGACUUUGGACAGAAUGACCCCAGCAUCUAGAAGUUCUUCCAAGAAACAUCUUUUGGCUACUCCGACAUCAUCAUCAUCAUCAACCUCUCUGGCAGCCCUGGCAACAUCAGCACAUUAUGGUAUUGAGUUAAGUUCUUUGGAACAAGGAAGAAUUUUUGGUGUGGUAGAAAAAAUGGACACACCAAGUGACAUAAAUUUCAGCCUGGUUAGUGAAGGAGCUGAAUGCAUUUUCAUUCCCACAAAAAUCUUUCUAAUGGAAGCACCUAUCAGGUCCCAACAAAUGGCACUAGGACUGGUGAACAUUUAUCCCACCCAGGAUGCAAUUAUGGAACAUCUCAUCAAAAAGCAAGCUUGGGAUAACUACAAAGCCAGGGUUGUUAAUCAGCAGCUAAAGAGAAUUACCAGGAGAACCUCACUCUAAAUUUGUUUUUAAAGAACAUUGGCAGAGAUGGUGAGAAGACUAGAUUUUAAUAAGGGGAGAGAGAAAAUGCCAUUGAUUCUUGAGGAGACAGAACACACUCCUAAAUGAUUGCAUGCAAGAGAGCAAUUCAUACCUGUUUAGUGCAUCAGGGAAAAAAAUGAUGCCAUUUCUGUGCUGACCUAAAACUAUCACAGACAUCUUCUCUCUCCAUUGAAAAAAAUAAAAUUCAUGCACAUAUGUGAAAAUGCAAUCAAUUUCAAUGAUGAAGUCAGGCUAAGUUCAAAGUCUUCCUAUAAAUAGAUGCAAACACUUGGUUCAUAUAUUUAUUCAAAAAAAUAUUGCUAGAGUAUGGUCUAAUAUUAAUGCUGUAGUUUGUGUCACAUACUUUAAAACCUUGUGGCAGCCUCAGAUGAUAAAGAAGGGGGAAAAAACAGCCAAGAGAGCAUUGUAUGCAGAAUUCAGAAGCAUCAAAUUAACUUUUUAGAUUGUUUUUUCUUUUGGUUUUGCCUUGAUAAAGACUACAGCUUGGUUAAGAAUUUUAUCUUUGUAUUAUACAUUUCUUUGGUUGCUUUGUUGAUGGCUAUCAUUCUUAAAAUAAAUAUUUCUAAGUGAGUGUA